CCAGCUCGCCCGCAUGAAUCAGCUUAGUGAAAAUAGUGAAAUAGUGGCAAUUAAGGCCGGCAAAAAACGGAAUUAAGCAACCAAAACAAAGUGUCAUUAAAACCAAAGGGAUAGGCUUUGGAAAAGGAAUACCUAAGUUCUACCAGAUUGCUAGACUGAAAGAUUCCGAUGUGUCACACUAAAGAAAAGUGUUGACGAUGAACACAGGGUCUCGAAUACGUUAUGGUUACCUUUAGCACCCAUAAAAAGUACUUCCUGAGUUUAAAUGCGUCUAUUAAUGCACAUGUUUUCUGGUAAUUAUAACCUGCAAUCGUUUUAGUCGUCAAUCGAAUCACAAAGUACGUAAAAAGAAGUCAAGCGAAUAGACUUAACAAAACAGAAACCAAUCGUUCUCAGUAUCCCAACAUUAGAUUUGCCAAAUUCAAACACCAAAAUGUUCGAGCUACAGCUUAUUACCUUCCGGAUUCGCACAUUAUUGCAUAGGGCCUUUUACCUGUCCAGCGAUUAUGACAUGUACUCGAUCUGGAACUUUUGCCCGAUGACCAACUGGAACCAAGCUAAAGAUCUGCUCCAAUCCUGUAGCCUGUGCCGCGCCGAGUCAUUCCCCAUUGUGUUUUGGCUGGUGGUGCUCUUUAGUUUGUUUGGAGCCGGUUUCAAUUGCUAUGAGCUGAUGCAAGUGUGGUCCUGUCCCUGCGCGAAGUUGGCCGUGUGGCGCCAGCGGCACUUCUAUGUCCUGGACCACUGGGCGCUGCGGAAGGCUCGACUUGUGAGCACGGGCGUUAUAAUGAUCGCAUGGCUUAUGCUCAUUUACGGAAUCAUAGCGAUCUCGCCGCACGCAAUGUCGCCGUGGAUCCUGGUGACCAGCUUCGUCCUGUCGGUGGAGUGGUUCAUUUGGGCCUUCGAGGUGAUCACCGGUCGAUUGCCGAUCAACCUGCAGACGCUGCUGUCGCUGGUCUUGCAUGUGUUCUUCCUGGGGAUGGUGUGCUGCGUGAAAAGCGUGUUCGAGGUGGCGCUCGGCGAGCACGUCGAGCACUCGCUGCGGAUCAUUUGAGGAAGGAACGCCGCCGAAUGUCAUCAUUAAGUAAAGGUGCAGGGCCGGCAUAAUUGCAUCUCAACCUGCAUUAAGCCCAAUUAGGUUGCCGGCGGCACGCACACCAUCUCGCCCUAAUCAGUGUUCGUGUUGCUCCGUUGCUUACUCUUCCGUUGCCCCAACAAAUACUCUUUCGUCCCGGCAAGCAUAAGUCCUUUAUAUGUUUUGUAGCUUUUUGUAUUCGAAAGACCCGAGACCAAGCAUUGUUCACCUUUCUAAAUUUAUAAAGUGUAGCAUUAAUCGAAAUUAUGAGUUUGUAGAGAAUAGAGACGUUCCAAUUAAAGUUGAAGGGUUUAUUUUCGUAA